GACUAAUCAAGCUACCAUUAUAGUCUACUUUUUAAACUUUCAACACGUGGCACAAAGUUUACCCCUUUAUUUCAAUAGCCAUGUUUAUGUAAACAAGAAAUUCUUAAAAGGACCAAGCUGACAAUAAAAACAUUGGCAGCAAAUGAUAGAAAAAUCGUUGGAAAUUUGCGUUUGUAUAUCGCAGGAGUUUGACGUUAUGUUGCUUGGAGAGCUACCAGUGGAUUGGUAAAAACUGGUGCAAUGAGGGUGUGGACACUUGUUGGAGUUUUUAUAUUGUUAUAUCAUCCAGCAUUUGGAAAACCUUUGGAUAAAAAAGCAAAAGCGCGCUCGACUGAGUUGAUACGGGAAAAACGACAACUGGACGACGAUGAAAGAUCUGGCGAGAUGCAAAAAUUUAUGUUGGACCUCUCUUCGAAGGAGGACAUGAGUCGCUUGAAAGAAAGGUUUAGGUCAGGGCCAGAACAGGACAUCGAGAACGAUGCGGAAUACAGAAGGUUAAAGAGGUUCUCCAUUCGCGACAGUGAUGAGGAUGACGAGGAACGGAAGUCCGUGACGUCAGGAGUAGAAACAAUGAACAUGAGGUCAUCGAGGACAUCUAGGGAUAUUGGAGAAGUUGCUGAUUUUGAUGAAAGGUUGAUGCCAUUGGCUAAAUCAACAUUAUCUUACCCAAAAUACCCACCAUGGAUUACGGGGGCAAAGACCAAAAGAAAUCCAGAAUCUAUAGAAACUCGAGACAAAUCUGAUGCAUAUGAUGAAUAUGGAGAAGAACACGAGCACAAAAUUAAGCAAACCUCCCCACAUAAGGAGGAGAGGAAAUAUCAAAAGAGAAAAGCUCAUGACAAUUACAAAGAGUUGAAUGUGAAAUCUAACGAUGGAAACGAGCAGGAACAAGACUUACAUGACGAAGACCUCAUUAAAAAAAGUUCAACUGAUAGUAUCAACUCUAAUAUAAAUUCUCAUUACAUUGUUGGAGGGUCAUGGGAGCUUAUCCAUCAUUUUUCACCAAGCAAUGUUAAUACGACACUACCAAACAAUACCACAAAGCAUAGCGAGUAUUUGGCAGAUGACAUGGAUGACGUCAUGCAGUACGAAAGAACGGAAAAGUCACGAAGGAAGCCACGUGUCUCGCUUGUGAGACCCGUACGCUCUGUUGAAACGGAUUAUGAAGUUCGGGAAAUUUCACAGAUCAGUAGCCCUGCUUUAAAAGAUACACAUGAAGAAAAUGGCCGGGUGAUUAUGAUUAAUACAAGGGCAAUCAAGAGAGAUGGUUACAUUGGCUGUUUCGUCGACCAGCAUCCCAAUCGCGACUUAACGAAAUUGUUCACAGUCAACAGUCUCACUCCAGACUCUUGUCAAUCAGCUUGUAAGGAGAGGGGUCACGUGUAUGCUGGGGUUCAGUAUGGAUAUCUGUGUCAUUGUGGGGACGCAUAUGGUAAAUACGGAGAGGCAGAUGAUCGCGAGUGUAACAGUGCUUGCCUUGGAGAUGAGGGGAAGAAAUGCGGAGGAUUCUGGAGGAAUUCUGUUUAUACAUCAGACACGUCUGAUGAUACGAAAUUAAAUGACCCUUCAGGAGAGAGUUCAGAUGAACGAGAGACGCGGUCACACAUUGAUCGAGUCAUUCCUAUACCACCGUCAGAUCAAGAAGAAAAACCAGUUCGUCAAGAUAUCACAGUCUAUCUAAGAUCAGAGAUACCGAAAACACAAGAAACCUCAACGCCUGCAAAACAAAUUAAUACAAAAUCAAACAAAAGACCAGAUCUUGCAGCAACAAGUAGUAAGCGAUCGGAAAUUACUACACCAACUGCAAACCACCAGAAAUUAAACAAAGCUGGGAGGUCAGGAAAUCCUUCGCAAGCAAAGAAACGUACAAAAGUGGACAGAAAUGUUUAUCUACAUCCACAAACAACUUCCAGGGAAUUUGUCCCAUCAAAUGUCGUAUUAAGGACUCUUUCGAAGUCACCAGAAACCAAGAAGUACGUUGGUUUUAUAAAAUUGAAACAAAAUUGGGAUGAUGGUCUACAGAAGAAGACAAAUCCUAAAACACUGAUAUUAGCGGGAAAUAUUGAAUCAUCGUUUACAGAAAUGUUUGCUGAAGAUUCACAAUUUAAGAAGGCAGAAGUUCUUAGCUUGAGGGAGGCAGAAAUACGAGACAAUCCAGACACAGUUCACAAGGUUUUAGUAGAGUUUGCGCUGUUGUUUACAAAGAAAGGAAAGAAGAAAGAUGAAGAACUGAGAAAAAUAGUUCAGGACAAAAGUCGACUCGGGGAAAUGCCGGUCUUCGCUGAUAGCCUCGAUGUCAAAGAAUACGAAGAUGAAGAGAAAAACGAUAGCAAAGAAGAAGCAACAUCAAAGAGGAAAAGACAAGAUGGUGUUGAUGCAUUUCUGGAAGAAGUAUUUCGACAGAUUUGAGAUGAAACGAAGAGACAGCGAUUAUGAUUUUGUAGUAUAAGAUUAGGAUUGAAUCUACGCCGGCUGUUUUGCUUCAUCGUUGGAUGAGCUCAAAAUCAAGAAGAAUGAAUUUAACAUUACUUUUUUGUCAUUCAGAACAUGGAUGGUUGUUCAUGAAUAGACAGUUGUUAGGGCUGCGUACUUUGCGCAAAAUCUUCAUCUAUUAUAAGAUGAUAAAUGAUAAAAAUUGAGAGAACGGCAAAGGUUUGCCUUGCAUGGGAAAAGCUAGAUUGUACGAACAAAAAAAUGCUAAAAAAUAAUUUUAUUUUUUCCCAUCAAAA